UUAAUAAGUUUCCGCAGAAGAAAAAAACUCGGAAUAAUUAAUAAGAAGAAAAAGAAAUAAUAAUUUAUGAUAGUGCUAAAUAUAUAUUUUAAAUAACAACAACGAAAGUUGAUAACCUAAAAAGAGAAUAACAACAGCAACAAAAAAGGAAAACAAACAAAAAUAUCACAACAAAGAAACAAAAGGUUCUUCACUUAGGCUUUAACAAAAAAAACAACAAAAACAACAGUAGCAUCGGCAGCAACAGCAGCAGAAGCUCCAGCUCUUAUUUCUGGUGUUCAUUUAUUUAUUAAGAAAACCUAAAUAAAAAAAAACAUACACACAAAAUAUACAACAUAUACACAUAUUUAUAUAUCCACCAGCAGCAGCCAGCCAGCCAGCCGACCAGCCAUCAAAGCCUCCAGCCCAGGGGUUUACCAAGAAUCACGAAACACAACAAGAAGAGGUAGCAGCAUAAACAAAGGAUUAAAGCACAAAAAACCCAGCAUCAGCCCAGCGUAGCAGGAAUCGAGUAGAACAAACACCACCACAACCAACACAACAAAAACAAAAAACACACAACAAUGGAAGCAAUUGCCAAACAUGAUUUCACAGCAACGGCUGAUGAUGAGCUCUGUUUUCGUAAAAAUCAAAUCUUAAAGAUUUUAAAUAUGGAAGAUGAUUCAAAUUGGUAUCGUGCUGAAUUAGAUGGCAAAGAAGGUCUCAUACCCAGCAAUUACAUAGAAAUGAAAAAUCAUGAUUGGUACUAUGGUCGCAUUACCCGCGCUGAUGCUGAAAAACUAUUAUCGAACAAACAUGAAGGCGCUUUUUUAAUACGUAUUAGUGAAUCAAGUCCGGGUGAUUUUUCAUUAUCGGUUAAGUGUCCCGAUGGUGUUCAACAUUUUAAAGUAUUACGUGACGCACAAGGUAAAUUCUUCCUUUGGGUGGUUAAAUUUAAUUCAUUAAAUGAAUUGGUUGAAUAUCAUCGAACGGCAAGCGUAUCCAGAUCACAAGAUGUCAAAUUAAGAGAUAUGAUACCUGAAGAGAUGCUUGUACAGGCCCUGUACGAUUUUGUGCCACAAGAGUCAGGUGAAUUGGAAUUCAGACGUGGUGAUGUCAUCACCGUAACAGAUCGUUCCGACGAGAACUGGUGGAAUGGUGAGAUUGGCAAUCGUAAGGGCAUUUUCCCAGCUACCUAUGUAACGCCAUAUCAUCACUCAUAAUUAUUGCUUAAAUACAACAAUCACCAGCAACAACAACAACAGCAGCCACAACAUCCCCACAACAGUAACAACAACAACAUCAGCAAAUAUCCCAACAAAAUAUCCUAUUAAAUUAUAAAAAAAAAUUAUCGAAUAAAACAAAAAAACGGAAAACUUUUAGAAAGUAAAAAAACCAAACCCUCCUCCUCGUCCAUCUUUUUUUCAUGCUCUUCAUACUCAACACCCAAACAACCAUUGUAAACACCGUCAUUGAACCACAACCCGAACAGCAACAACAGCAACAAGAAACGCAAACGCAAUUUAUUUAAAUAAACGCCACAUUUUUUUACACACA